AUGAUGCAAGCGAGGCCCAUGGAAGGCGUCUACUCCGAGCCUCUGCACGAAGAUGCGCAUUCGCUGGAGGCUUCGAUAGAGGACUUCGAAGAGCAAGAGCGCCGCUCCCCUCUAUUUCCGGGCUUCAGGCCAGAGCGAGCGGAAAGUGAAGCUGACGAUACAUCAAGCGCUGGGUUGCCGUGGUCGCCGCCGGGCUUCAAGAGUCGCAAUUCGAACGCGAGCAAUUGGUUUCGGCAGGAUCCGUACGGGAAAUAUGACCUGCGACCGUCAGUCAGCCCUUCCAGGUCAAGGCAGACGAGUCCCGAGGCAUAUCAAGAUGCGAUCGAGGGCGACCCAGACAUCACAAUUGCGGUCAAUACCCCUCUGCCUGCGGGCACAGAUUCGCCCGUGAGGGAGCGCUCGCCAGAGGUGGAGCCCCAGCAUAGCGCAAAGCCCUUCGCGACUGAAGAACCCAUAUCCGCAGAGAGCCCGAACAAUUAUAUUCGCUUACAGCUGCGUGCCGAAGUACAACACCGGGAGCCUUUCGUGCCGUUUCUCAAUUUCGUGCAAAGGAAAUUCGACGCGGUGACCAAGACAAAGUCGGCGACAGUUGUGUCGGUUCUCGCGACCAUUCUACUCGCUUCGCUUCUACGCAUCAUUCUUGUUCCACCGAUACCACCUCCGGUGCCGGACCUUGUCAAGGUGUCGACCUUGGCAAAGUCGUUCGAGCCGCUCAUUUUCUAUUCGGAGAACGGAUAUACGCAAAUCACGGCCCUGCAGGAGACAAGCGUGGCGGUAUGGGAUCUAGGCGAGUCGGUCAGAAGUGCAAACAUGACUUCAGCGCCAUUGAUUGUCCGUUCACUAGACGAACUAUCCGAGAGCCUGAAGACUCUGGGUCUCGAGCUAACGCGGUUCUUUGCCGACGUGGAUUCAGAUGUCGACAGCAUCCUGCUCGUCAUGGACUGGGCUAGACGGGAGCUCGAAGGGGUCACGACAGGACAAGGCGCAUCACUCAGCGGCGUCAUCUUUGAUCACCUGCACGGAAUUUUCAACCGAGGCGGCCUACUCGAGACGUCCAAAGGGCCGACAAGUCUGGGAACGUUCCUGACCAAAGUAUUCGGGGCAAGUUCGCCGCAGAGGACAAGAGCGACCCUGACGAGGACGUUCCACGAAUUCGUCAACGUGCUCGAGGAGUCGAUCAACAGCGAGUUGACCCACUCGGCGGCGCUGUUCGCCUUGUUCGAGUCGAUUGACCGACAGUUUUUGAAUCUACAGCGCACGGUCGUCCGCGAAACAGACACGCAAGAAAGACUGGAGAGCGAUCUCCUCUCGUCGCUGUGGACGAGGGUGAUCGGCCCGAACGCCGCGAUGCUGCGCAAGUUCGAGAAGAACAAGCAGCUCUUGUCGAGCGUCCGGUCGAGGACGGUCAACAACAAACAUCUCCUCAUGGAGCACCACACCCGGUUACAGACGCUGAAAAUCAACCUGGAAACGUUGCGGCGGAAACUGGUGAGCCCGUUGGUCAGGCGCAACGAUUCGGUCACGAUCGACAAUGGGAGCGUCGUCGACCAGCAAAUCCGAGGCCUGGAGGGGACAUACGAAUACCUGCGGGGAGUCCGAGAUAAGCAGAAGAGUAUACUCAUGGAGAUGGUGUAUGGGGCAAAGGCCGGCAGACCCCGGCUUGUGGGUGUCAGCGAUGGGGCGGCAGGGAUGGGAAUCGACGCGUGA